AUGACCGUGCCAAUGCUUGGCCGCUACAGUUACGUGGACUCUGACAGUCAAAAACCUACUGGUUGUCCUUGUUCGCCCUCUACUCUCGACCGUUUUUCGAGCAUUGAUCCUGCCUGUGCUCUUUGUGGCAUUCAUGUCUGUACUUCCAAACCCGCUCCAUGGCAUAGCUUGAGAUGCAUGUCUGACGUCAAUGCAGAUCCGACAUACGGAAUCGGCGAACCGACCCGUGUCCAGUCGUUUUCUAAUGCGUUGGAAUCCGUUGGCGCCGGGAGAAAUAGGUUGAUUUUUGUUGAUAACGGCUUUGUUGGUGGUUCAAUCGAGCAAGUGAUCAACGAGGUCGCGGAGCCGGCGAGAACUAGCCAAUAUGAAGUCCACGUUCUUUCCGAUGAGUCUGAGAUGCGGGAGCUGUGUCGAACAUCGCUUCGUGAAGGCCCGGCAGAGGCGUGGAACUACACCAUAAGGACGGAUUCAGUGCUGGGUAAAGGUAUUGAUGUAGGGAACUCCAACAAUGACCAGCAAGUAUACCUUCUCCCGUUCCAGCGAUCCAUUGACUGGGCGAUCGCACGAACCAAUUCAUCGUUCGACGCCAGUACCCUCCCUGAAGAGACCCUGGAGUACCCAUACACAUCCCUAAAUGAAGAGGGACGCAAGGAUCGAAUCCGGACCCGGUAUAUGGGUGCCAUUAUCGACGUUAUCGCCGUUGCUGUAUUUAUUGGAAUGGUUGGCGUGACGUACCAGCUUACAGGUUUGAUCGCCAUGGAAAGGGAAUUGGGAAUGAGUCAGCUUAUAGACUGUAUGAUGCCGGAUUCGUCACCUUGGAUGUCUCAAGCGGCCCGAUUUUGCGCUGCUCAUCUUGCCUUGGAUAUUGUUUACGGCCCCGGCUGGAUAAUUAUGGGGGCCAUUCUGAAAGCCGGUGUAUACAGCGAAACAUCGGCUGGAAUAACGGUGGUAUACCACAUUCUGUGUGGCCUCGCCUUAUCAUCUUUCUCCAUUUUCGGAGCUUCGUUCUUCAGGAAGGCGCAGCUCAGCGGUAUAUCUGUCGUCCUUGCCUGCCUUCUCCUAGGCGUGGUAGCCCAGAUGGCUCCAGCAAAAAGCAACGGCCCGGUUGUCAUUCUUGGUCUCCUAUUCCCUUCCAUGAACUAUGUUUACUUCUCGAUAUUCGUGGCUCGUUGGGAAAGGGAAAAUUCCGCUGCAAUACUGACGGAAUCCGCGCCAAACAACCCGUGGAGCCUCCCUGGCGUUGUGUUGUGGGUGCUGUUGAUUCUUCAGAUCAUUAUCUACCCAAUGCUGGCCGCCGUUGUGGAACGGAUGCUAUACGGCACUGCUUCGAAAAAUCGACAUGUUUCCAGUUCUGGGACUUCUGCUGCGUUAAGCAUUCGCAAUCUUAACAAGAUAUAUCGGCCGGGAUGGUUCUAUCGGACAAUAGGACCAUUGUUCGGUAGCAACCGCCAGACUGUUCAUGCAGUCAACAAUCUCUCCAUCGACGUCAAUAAGGGUCAGAUAAUGGUCCUGCUUGGCGCCAAUGGAUCGGGAAAAUCCACCACACUGGAUGCCAUUGCUGGAUUAACCAAGUUGUCAUCUGGCGAUAUCAACAUCAAUUAUGGUACAGAAGAACCGGGUUUUGGUCUCUGCCCGCAGAAGAAUGUGCUUUGGGACAAUCUGACUGUCAAGGAGCACGUCAAGAUUUUCAACAGACUCAAAUCCACCGGGAAAGUUGAUACAGAAGAACAAAUUAUGCAUCUCCUAAGAGACUGCGAUCUUCAGAAAAAGGCCAAAGCACGCUCAAAAACACUUUCUGGAGGACAGAAGAGAAAAGUGCAACUAGCUAUGAUGUUUACUGGUGGCUCUCCAAUCUGUUGUGUCGACGAGGUCUCUUCUGGCCUCGAUCCAAUAUCACGAAGGAAGAUAUGGGAUAUCUUGUUGGCAGAAAGGGGCUCCAGAACAAUAAUCCUGACGACACAUUUUCUCGAUGAAGCGGACUUGCUUGCUGAUCAUAUUGCCAUUCUGUCCAAAGGUGUUCUGAAGGCUAAGGGAUCUAGCGUUGAGUUGAAAAACCAACUAGGUUCUGGAUAUCGCAUUCAUGUCUUCAAUGUCCCUGGAUCCGAAAGGGCGGUUCAAAAACGGUUUAGCAGCAUACACAAAGAAGUCCACUUUGACGAAACUGUUUACACAGUUCAAAAUUCUGCUGAAGCUGCUCAGUUUGUCUCCGAGCUGGAACAGGAGGGUAUGAUGGAGUAUCGUGUCAGCGGGCCUACUAUUGAAGAUGUUUUUCUAAAGGUCGCGAGCGAAUUGGAUUUCGAGCCCUCAAGAGGCCGUGUUCGAGAAGGCGAGCGAGCAGCGGAUCAUUCCUCUGAAGCUGAUGAUGAGAAUAUUGAGCGUCGCUCGCUCCAUCUUAUGACUGGCUGCCGUAUCGGCAUAAUUCUCCAGGCAUGGUACUUGUUUCGCAAAAGACUGACUAUCCUCCGCCGGAACCCUCUUCCUUAUCUUGCGGCAUUUAUGAUUCCUGUGAUCGCAGCAGGCCUCGUGACUUUGUUUCUCCAAGGGGUUGCGAAGCCAGGAUGCUCGGGAGAGGAUUCCUACCGAACACCUGAAUCUACCAUCGCAGAUCAAUGGGAUAACUUGCUCCUUGUGAUUGGCCCAUCAGACAAAGUGCAGCCAGAACUUCUAGAGAGCUUCGUGGUCUCAAUGAACGAUCAAUCAGACGCCGUCCAGUCAUCUAGUAAUGCGUCCCAGUUUUAUAUUGUGGACGACUACCCAGACUUCAGCGAUUAUAUAAAAGCCAACUAUUCCAAAGUGACCCCAGGCGGGGUUUACCUUGGGGACUCCUCGUGGCAGCCGACCAUUGCUUGGAAAGGAGAUAAUGGCAAUUUCCCUCUUGCUGCGCUUACGCAGAACGUGCUAGAUCGGUUUGCAACAGGGAUGUCCAUUAACAUCGGUUUCGACUUUUUCGAUAUUCCUUCAACGCCGGACUUCUACAAUACCUUGCAGCUUGUUGUAUACUUUGGGCUUGCCAUGUCAGUUUAUCCGGCUUUCUUCGCACUAUACCCAACCGUUGAGCGGCUGAGGAAUGUCCGCGCACUCCAGUUCAGCAACGGGGUUAGGGCACUAUCAUUGUGGCUGGCAUAUAUAUCCUUCGACUUUUGUCUUGUUGUUGCAUCCAGCGUUCUGGCAGUCAUCAUUUUCAGAGCCGUGACUAAUAUCUGGUACCAUAUCGAAUAUCUCUUUGCCGUUUUCUUCCUCUACGGCUUAUGUGGUACGUUAUGCGCUUACCUGGUGUCACUCUUUACGAAAUCGCAACUCGCAGCGUUUGCUUUCGCGGCCGGUUUUCAGUGCGUUAUGUUUCUCAUCUAUCUCAUCGCGUAUAUGUGCGUCCUGACCUACGCAUCAACGGACAAGAUUGACUCGUACAUUGAUAUAACGCACUACACUAUCGCGAUCGUUUCUCCAUCCGGAAACCUUCUCAGGGCUUUGUUCGCUUCCUUGAACGUGUUUUCUAUACUCUGUCGAGGCUCUGAAGGUCGAGAGAUAGCGUCCUACCCUGGAGAGAUUGGUCUCUACGGAGGGCCUAUUCUUUAUCUCAUUCUUCAGUCAAUCUUCCUCGUUGUUCUUCUUGUAUGGAUUGAAGGCGGCACUCCUCUACUUUCCUGGUUACGGCCUAAAUCUAGGCAACGCGACGUUGAGGAGAAAGAACUCAUGGACAGCGAUAUCGCGGAGGAAAUUACCCGUGUAUCCAGUUCGAAAGAUAAUCUCCGUCUGCUACAUGUCAGUAAGGCAUUCAAGAAGUUUAUAGCUGUGGAAGACGUCACAUUCGGUGUCGGGGCAGGAGAGGUCUUCGCCCUUCUCGGACCCAAUGGAGCAGGGAAAACGACCACCAUCUCCCUCAUCCGUGGCGAUAUACAGCCAACACGUAACGAGGGGGAAAUAUUCGUCGAAAAUAUCUCUGUCCUGAAGCAGCGCGCUGUUGCCCGGUCUCGCCUCGGCGUUUGCCCACAAUUUGACGCGAUGGACCAAAUGACUGUCCUCGAACACCUCGUCUUCUACGCCCGUAUUAGGGGCGUGCCAGAUAUAAACCACAAUGUCAAUGAAGUAAUCAAUGCUGUCGGGCUCAAGCAAUUUAGGCAUCGCAUGGCGGCAAAGCUUUCCGGCGGAAACAAACGCAAGCUAUCCCUAGGCAUCGCGCUGAUGGGAAAUCCUUCUGUUCUGCUUCUAGAUGAGCCAUCCUCCGGCAUGGACGCCGCCUCAAAGCGUGUGAUGUGGAAGACACUAACGGCCGUUGCACCUGGGCGCUCCAUAGUCCUCACAACACAUUCAAUGGAGGAAGCAGAUGCUCUGGCCCACCGCGCCGGUAUCAUGGCUAGACGUAUGCUGGCCCUGGGAACAACGGAUGCCCUUCGUUUGAAAUAUGGAAAUAUGUACCAUGUGCAUAUAGUCCAUACACAAGCACCACAUACUAGCGAUGAAGACAUGGAGAAGAUCCGCGGCUGGGUGACCGAUAACUUUCCAGGCGCCGUUAUCGAGCAGAAAACAUACCACGGACAGCUGCGUUUCAGUGUCCCCGCGGGCAUCUCCCCCGAGAAGGAAAGAGCUGCUCACAGCGACGACAGCAAGGGCUCAUCUUAUCGUGAUAUUCGGUCAACUGAUGAGCUCCGCUCUGUCUCGCUGCGUUCUGAUGUCUCGAUUCCCGUCGGGUUAGGACCAGACACGGAAACGGGGCCAGGAAACUUCAGAGCCAGAAGUGGUGUCAGCAAGCUUUUUUCUCAACUCGAACAGAAUAAGGCCGCACUGGGUGUGGAGCAUUACUCUGUCAGCCAAACGACACUCGAUCAGGUUUUCUUGACAAUUGUCGGGAAGCAUCAUAUUAGCGAGCAGGAUUCUGGCUAA